ACGUGCUUAUUAAUUAACCUGACUUACACUUGUACUUAUAUUUGAGCGAUCAGCGUUGUAUUGCACCGAACACAAUGGCGUCGGCCCUGCUCGGCCUUUGGAGGGGAUUUCAACCCGCAUCCAGCGCAGUUGCCUGUUAGUGAUCUCUCUCUCCGCUAAGAAUAGUGUCGCAGAGAGCUAGCUCGUUAGCUUAGCCUUAGCCCCGCUAGCCUUCCAGCCCCCUCUAGUACAGUCAGUCUACACGUCCAGCUAACCGGGACCAGCUAGCGGUCCACCUCGUCUGUCAACCCCGGGGGACAGCAGGACGGACAGGGGGUGCAGCAGGAAAUGACCUAGAGGCCUUACAAGAUACAGUCGUGCUUCCGUCGCUGUAAUCUGUGUCUGCGGAGAGAGCCCACUGGUAUUCCUGGUGAGUAUCAACUACCUCAGCCAGACGACCCCGGCACACCCUGCAGCAGGCCCAACAGACCCCAAGGGACGUCCCGGAGCUCUGGUGAAAAGACACCCUCCCAAACGGACACGCGCGGGACCGUGGAAGAAGCCUCGCUGGCCGCCGGUUCCUGGAUGAAACGCUGCUCCUUCUUCCUCUCCUCCGAGGGGUGCUGAGACGGACUGGUUCCGUCGUCGGGUAGCUCCUGGUCACACGGGGCGGUCUGGGACCCGUCACGCACCGCUGGUGGUGUCGCUCCUCCGCUCUAGUUAGCUGGUUACCGUUGGCUUGACCGGCGACCACCUCCGCCUAUCUCAAUCGUACCCUAUUUUUUUUUAGAUAAGUUGUCGUUUUUUAUUUGCGGUGUUCGAUCUCCAUCUAAGUACAUCUAUGUGACUAUACCGUCUACGUAUUUUCUGCUUCCGUCGUUCAGAAGGGCGACCUCUGGAGCCCCGCACUCCACUCGCACGCUGAAUCCUAGAGCUCCCGUGCGAUUCCCCUCGUCCUCCUUUAUGCCACACGGCCCCAACCCAACCCCAGGGGCCCUGAAGCGGGCGUCCAGGCCCGUAGCGCGCCCCCGGUGCGUCUGAUGUUGGUCUGCAGCAGGGCUGCAUGCACCACGCGCUCCGAGCCCCUCGGUCCGUCCCGUCGUCCCCGUUCAGCCCUCUCUGAGAUGAGCCUCUGGCAGGGGAACUCCUGAGGUGUCCUCUUCCCCCGACGUGAACAGCCACCCGCUCUCCCGUCGCCUCCUUUUGUACGCCCUCUCGAAUCGGAAUCUCCCCAUCCCGCGACCGCCAGAGUCGUCCAGCGCCACGGCAGCGAGCGGUGCCGGUCGCGCCCAGUCGUAUGUACAGUUGCAACGCGCCGGAAGGUAAGAUGGACUACAAGCGGCGCUUUCUGCUCGGCGGGUCCAAGCAGAAGGUCCAGCAGCAGCACCCGCAGUACCAGAUGCCCGAGCUGAGCAGGACCCUCAGCGCCCCGCUGGCCUCCUCCCCCUGCUCCCCCGCCCCCCCCUCCAUGGGCCCCGGGGGGGGCGGGCCCCCGGGCGGCGGCGGCGGCCUGGCCCCCGGCCCGCCCUCCGGCACCACCACGGCGGUGGCGGACAUCCAGCAGGGCAUCUCCAAGUACCUGGACGCGCUCAACGUGUUCUGCCGGGCCAGCGCCUUCCUCACUGAGCUGUUCAGCGGCGUGUUCCGCAACUCCCACUACUCCAAGGCCGCCAUGCAGCUGAAGGACGUGCAGGAACACGUCAUGGACGCCGCCAGCCGGCUCACCGCCGCCAUCAAGCCCGAGAUCGCCAAGAUGCUGAUGGAGCUCAGCGCCGGCGCGGCCAACUUCAAGGACCAGAACGACUUCAGCUUCCAGGACGUGGAGGUGCUGGGCCGGUGCUUCCGGACGGUGAUGCAGGUUCAUUUCCAGUUCCUGUCCCAGGCCCUGCAGAAGGUGCAGCCCGUGGCCCAGUCCUGCCUGGCCGAGGCCCUGGCCCAGGCCCAGGAGCGCCGCGCCAACGCCCGGCCCCCCAGCAGUGAGCACGGGGCCCCCACCGAGCUGGAGGACGCCGCCCGCUCAUGGAAGGGGGCAGCCGAGGCGACGGGGCGGCUGCGGGAGAGGGGCCGUGACGGCUGCCUGGCCGGGCUGCAGGUGCAGCAGCUCUUCUGCUCCAACAACACCUCCAUCCCCGAGCACCAGCUCAAGGACCUCAACGGACGGAUAGACCACGCCCUGCAGGCCUACAAGGCGGCUCUGGACAGCAUGGGCCACAGCGAGUACUCCCUGAAGGCCGGCUUCCACCUCAACCCCAAGUCUGUGGAGUCAGCGCUGCAGGGCUGCUGCAGCGAGGCGGAGGCCCAGCAGGCGGGCCGCAUGCAGACCCCCUCCCAGCCCAUCCAGUGCGAGCUGCCCACCGUCCCGCUGCACAUCGGCUCACACUUCCUCAAGGGCGUGUCCUUCAACGAGUCUGCCGCCGACAACCUCAAGCUGAAAACGCACACCACCCUGCAGCUGAUGAAGGAGGCCCUGGGCCAGAACGGCAUGCCCCGCCGGGAAGACUCCCCCGUCACCGAGGUCCUCAACCAGGUGUGCCCCUCCAGCUGGAGGGGGCCCUGCAAGACGGCCGUGCAGCUACUCUUCGCCCAGGCCGGACUGGUGGUGGUGGACACGGCUCAGAUUGAGAACAAGGAGGCCUACGCUCCUCAGAUCACCUUGGAGGGCUCCAGGGUGCUGGUCCAGGUGCCGUCGACCUGGUGUCUGAAGGAGGACCCGGCCACCAUGUCCCUGCUGCAGCGCAGCCUGGACCCGGAGAAGACGCUGGGGCUGGUGGACGUCCUGUACACCGCCGUCUUCCACAUCAACCGCUGGAAGGACAGGAAGGAGCAGGCUCUGCCCACCAUCCAGAUGCAGCUGCAGCGCGAGGCCCCGGACUACAGCGUCCCGGCGGACCUGGCCCCCGGCAGCGGCAGCUCCUCCAAGAGCUCCGGCGGCCUGCCCAAGAGCAUCUCCAAGCUCACCUCCAAGUUCACCAAGAAGGCCUCCUCCCACGCGGGCGGCGGCGGCGGCGGCGGCGGCAGCUACUCCAUCCCCAGCACGCCGUCCCGCAGCAUGCUGUCCUCCUCCUCCUCCGGCGGCGGCGGCUGCGGCGAGGAGAAGCCCAAGGGCGGGCUGGCGCCCGGGGACGGCCGGCUGCAGAGCCUCCUGCAGAUAGGAGGCCUGCAGUGCGGCGGCGACCCGGGCCAGCUGGCCAACGGCGCGGGGCCCGACGACCAGGGCAUGAACCUGCCCACCGACCAGGAGAUGCAGGACGUCAUCGACUUCCUGUCUGGCUUCAACAUGGGCAAGUCCCAGCAGGCCUCGCCGCUGGUCAAGAGGCGCAACUCCGUGGCGUCGGCCAACCCGGCGGAGCUGAGGCCGCCCGGCGCCGCCCAGGCCGCCGCCCUCUCCCACAACACCCUGCAGCCGCCCCCCGCCCAGACACAGCCCCAGAAGCAGCAGCAGCAGCAGCAGCAGCAGCUGCCGCCGCCCCAGUCGCAAGGCCCGCCCCCUCAGCAGCAGACUCCGCCUUCCCAGGCCCCGCCCCCCCAGCAGCAGCAGCAGCAGCAGCAGCAGCAGCAGCCCUCCCCCCAGGCCCUGCAGUUCUACCAGCACCUCCUGCAGCCGCUGGCCCAACACCAGCAGCAGCAGCAGCAGCAGCAGGCUCCCCUCCCCUCCCCCCAGCAGCUCCAGUCCCUGCCGCAGCAGAGAAUCCCCAGCAAGUGGCUGGGGAGCUCCGGGGCCCAGCAGCAGCAGCAGCAGCAGCAGCAGCAGCCUCCCCAGCAGCAGCAGCAGGGCCCCCCGGGCGGGCUGUCCCCCCUGGGGCCCAUCGGCCAGUGGGGCUCGGCGGGCCUGCCCGACCUGAGCUCGGAGCUGUACAGCCUGGGCCUGGUGAGCACCUACAUGGACAGCGUGGUGUCGGAGAUGCUGGGCCAGAAGCCCCAGGGCCCGCGCAACAACACCUGGCCCAACCGCGACCAGAGCGAGGGCGUGUUCGGAGGAGGGGCGCUGGGGGACGCGCUGCCCUUUGACCCCGCAGUUGGCUCGGACCCGGAGUUCGCCCGCUACGUGGCAGGGGUCAGCCAGGCCAUGCAGCAGAAGCGCCAGGUGCAGCACAUCCGUCGGCCGAGCAACGCCCGCAGCAACUGGCCAAUCCCAGACGAGCAGCAGCAGCACCGGACCUGGUCCCACCCGGACUACUACAGCGAGGGUGAGCCAGUGAACAGCAGCUGGUCAGCCAAUCAGGGCGACUCGGCUAGCUCCAGCGACGAGACGUCCUCGGCCAAUGGGGACAGCCUGUUCUCCAUGUUCUCCGGACCGGACCUUGUAGCAGCCGUCAAGCAGAGAAGGAAACACAGCUGUGGUGACCCGGAGGCGUGCACACUGCCCUCCCCCCCCCUCCACCACAUGGUGGACGACAGCCAGGACAGCAAGACCAAGACGUGGCCUCCCAAGGCGCCGUGGCAGCACACGGCGGCGCACGCCAGCGCCAACACGCUGCCCAAUCCCAGCUCUUCCUUGUACCAGAUGAACAUGCCGACCGCCUCCCAGUGGAGCGACUCCAUGCAGAUGCUGCAGUCUCCCGUGUGGUCCACGGCCGGCGACUGCUCCCCCUCCUCCGGUCUCUCCUCUGGUCUCUCCUCUGGCCUCUCCUCUGGCCUCUCCUCCGGUCUCUCCUCUGGCCUCUCCUCUGGCCUCUCCUCCGGCCUUUCCUCCGGUCUGUCCUCUGGUCUGUCCUCUGGUCUCUCCUCCGGUCUCUCCUCUGGCUUCCCCUUCUCCCAGCAGCAGCAGCAGCAGCCCAAACCCAUAAGCAAGGCAUUCAAAUCCUUCCCGGUCAAACACGAGCACAGGCCCUCCUACCUUCACCAGUACUGAGGCCCGGGGCCCGCGGUUCGAGACCCGGGGGACGGCCUCUAGCGUCUGACGAGCUAACAUGCUAACAAACCGAUUUGGGGACUGUAACGAGUCCGAUCUAUUUAAUUGGGAUGUUUUUGAGUUGAGGUGUGUUUGGGGGUGAGGGGGGGUACGGGGGGAGUGCUGUGGUGUUACUUUAAGUGUACAUAUUGGCUCAACAAUUUGUAUCGAUCUAUACGUUGUUGUUUUUUUCCACGUCACACAUCCGCUUGUGGCGUCAUGGCAACGAGUGUGGCCGUCCGGUGGCCUAGUGGGGGGUUUCUCUGUCUGCGGGGCGCGACUCACGCCGGGGUCCGCAGGCAUGAGCUGGAGACGCGCAUUACCGUCGCCCACUCUGCUUCUUUGUGUGUGUGUGUGUGUGUGUGUGUGUGUGUGUGUGUGUGUGUGUGUGUGUGUGUGUGUGUGUGUGUGUGUGUGUGUGUGUGUGUGUGUGUGUGUGUGUGUGUGUGUGUGUGUGUGUGUGUGUGUGUUGGGGGUUACGGGAGGGCAUGAGGAGUUCCGUCUCGGCCCGGACUCUAUAUGAUCCUGUGUCUACUGAGCUGUAACUGCCAAAUCUCAUGCAAGAGUACAGCUUCCAUCUACUGUUUCAUGGCUUGUAAAUUACCGAGGUUGAAACUAUAAAUAUUUACUCCUUUUUAUUAAGAGGCUUUGAGCAGGCUCAGCGUGAAUAUAAAAUCGUCGCAGGGGUGUCGUUUGCGAGGAAUUACACUACUUUUUCAACCGCAGACGGGGGUCACGAGAUGCAGCCCGGACUGGUGGUUGGUGUGGACCGCACUUGAUAGCAGAGUUUUUGUUGUUUUUCCAACCAAAGCGUUGUUCAGAAUACUACCGGUGCAGAGGAGGAGGAGGAGGAGUUGAACAGACUAGUGCGUUGAUAAGCAGCAAAGUUAACGAGCCCUACUUGACAAUAGCUUUAGGGAAUGUCUUGACGACAUGGAACGGAAUUCAAUUCCUCUUUCCUAAUCAGCAUUUUUGCUUCAGAUUGACACUAACGCCUGAGUUAAAAAACAACAACCUAACUUUUGUUCCAUUUAAAAAAAAUAAUACAAUAUUUUUCUUGUACAAAUAUUGACAGUAUUAAUCUUAUUUUUGUAUUUUCUUACAUGUUAUACCAUUACUGUAUGUUAGUAUACUAUAGACAUAAUUACAUACGUUGUUUUCUUUCCUGCCCUGAGAUGUGAAAAGCACAUAUUUAGUUUUUCUUUCCUACAGAGCUACACCAUAUAUCUAUAAAGGUUACCAAAUACGCCAUGGUAGACACUAAGACAAUAGUGUGCGACGGGGGCUGUUUUCAAACCCUCGUCCUCCUUGGUUUCUAUGGCGAUGGGCUGUGUUCACAGGCCCAGAAUGUUACCCUUUUGUGAUCUUUGCGGAUGCCAAUGUUGCCUGUAUUUAUGAGAUGACACCAUGUUUUCCGAAAAACUAACAUACUUACCAUGUUUACAGAGAAUUGUUUGCUGUAUAUACAUAUAAAUAUAUAUCUUUUUAUAGUUAAUGUGCUUUGCACAAUCAAAAUAUAGGGUUUGUUGCUUUUUUGUCUGUGUUAACUCCCAACCUGUUGCAGCCUUUUUAGAGAUAUUAAUUAAAGACCUUUGGACUGUAACGGUUAGCAUUUCUCAGCUGUGUCAAAUGGUUUACUAGUGGCUUCUAAAAAAAAACGUGUUGCCCUGAUCGAUGGUAUGAAGGGGGGCUGCUUGGCUUACGUUGCUUACUGUUCUUUUGAGCUGGCAACCGAAUCUUUCCAAGUGUACCAGCAAUGCAAAAAAGAAAAUUAAUAAAAAAAACUAGCAAUUAAAAUAGCCUCUUCUGUCUUAUAGAUAUUGUACUCCAGAACCAACCCACUGUCCUUUGGCACAAUGACACUACCUUUGUAUCUUUAACACCAGGCCCUUCAGAGUUCCUAUAUUUUGUCUGAUAUAACAGGUAUUUUUUAGUAUUUGUGUAACUAAUUGCUUAAUUGAAUUCUUUGCAUUUACGGAGUGGAAAUAAAUGAUGUUGGUGGCUUGA